GACCCUUUCCGAUGGGCUAUCGAUUUACCGAACUAACAAAGCCAUGUGAUCAGACAGAGACCAGGCGGCUUUCAAGAUGGCGGAUGCUGGUUUCUUUCGGGGUACGAGUGCAGAACAGGACAAUCGAUUUCUUGACAAGCAAAAGAAGCUGUUGAAAUCCAUGCGAUUUGACGAUGUUCUCAACAAAAAGGUGGACAUGGACAAGGUGAACCUUGAUAUAAUAAAACCUUGGAUAACAAAGAAGUUGAUUGAUAUCCUUGGAGCUGAAGAUGACGUGGUUAUGCAGUAUGUUUUUAACAUGCUAGAAUCAGAAAAGAGUCCAGAUCCAAGGUUCAUGCAAAUAAAUAUUACUGGCUUUUUACAAUCCAAGAAUGCUCGUGAAUUUAUGAAAGAGUUGUGGACUCUUCUUUUAAGUGCCCAGGAAAAUAUUGGUGGCAUUCCCUCUGAAUUCAUGGAAAAGAAGAAGGAAGAAAUCAAGCAAAGAAAGCUGGAACAAGAGCGCAUCCAAGCUAACCUCCAGAGAUAUCAAGGAGAUCAGCAGCAAACAGAGCCAGACAGCACAGCUACAGAUGAUAACGUAGGCAAUGAAAAUGGCUCUGCACCUGCAACAGGUGACAUCACUGAAGAAUUUCGAAAAGCUAAAGAAAUGGCAGCGCAACUAGCAGGAAAAGAAAACCCGGAAAGAGAGAACAAGAAAUCCAGGCGAGACUCUGGUCAUUCUGACAGUAAUGAGAGUGAUGAUGAGAGGGCCUCCAGGAAAAAGACUGACUCAGUCACAAGAGUAGAAACAUCUGACCUUACAUCAGCAGUGAAAGUGAAAAAGGAAAAAGAUGCAGAGGUGAAGUCACCCAGUAAACUCGUUCAACCAAAAUGGAGGUCUCGGCCCAUGUCCUCAGCUGCCUUGCCAGUUGGCAGAGAUAAACCUGGAUGGGAUAAAGAGCAUCAACAGUAUGUCGCCCUUGCAGAAACCUCUGACGUCGAUGUUGUUUUGACUGGGGAUUCCAUCAUGAAAGGAUUGAGUCGUUAUCCAAAUAUCUGGAGAAAAUACUUUGCCCCACUAAAAGCACUGAACUUUGGUAUUGGUGGUGACAAAACUCAGCACGUUCUUUGGCGACUCCAGAACGGGGAACUUGAAUGUGACCCUAAAGUAAUUGUUGUACUUUGUGGCACCAACAACAUAGACAAAAACAGUGCAAGUGAAAUUGCGCAAGGAAUAUUGACCAUUGUUGACUUCAUCCGGAACAAGAAGCCCCAUGUGAGCAUCAUUGUGUGUGGAAUACUUCCCAGGGAUUUAUACCCCAGCUUAAGGCGCAACAAGGUUGAUGAAGUCAAUGAAGAACUCUUCCAGUAUAUAAGCUAUUCAGAUGAGCUGCAGAAUGAGAGUGUGUAUUUCUUACCACCUGAGAAGGGCUGGACUGUCAGAGGAGGUACACUUGAUGAAAAUCUUUACUUUAAAGAUCACUUACAUCUUGUUGAAGAAGGAGACGAGAAGCUUGCCAAAUCAAUUACUCGUUUGGUGAAAGAGCUUCUCAAACCUGAUGAUACGGAGGGAGACAGUUCUGUUGCUAACAAAAAGCUUAUCAAGCAAAAUGAAAUUGAAAGAGCUGAAAAGGCCAAGAAAGAGGCUGCGGAAAAUAAAGAUGUUAAAAGGGGAAACUCCAGUUCACGUUCGCGGUCACGUUCUGGAUCACGCUCUCGAUCACGUUCACGUUCUCGCUCAAGAGACAGAAGAGACAAAACACGGUCUGGAGACAAGAAAGGACGUAAGCGUAGUCGGUCCAGGUCCUCAGCUUCUCGGUCACGUUCCCGGUCAUACUCAAGAUCCCGAUCACGCAGUCGGGAAAGGCGGAGAAGGUCUCGUUCUCGCUCGCCCCGUCGUGUUUCUUCGUACAACAGAGGUCGAUGGUCGCCACGCAGACGCCGUAGAACACCUUCUCCAAGGAGGUGGUCGCCACCCAGACGGGGAAGUUCACCGCCUCGCAGAAGGUCUCGCUCACGUUCACCGCGUAGGAAGCCUCGCCGAUCCCCAUCCCCUCGCCGCCGAUCACGCUCUGCGUCAGCGUCAUCACGGUCACGUUCUGGAAGUUUCAGCUCACGAUCGUCACGCUCACGCUCUGGAUCACCUCGAGCCGACACAACACGAACAGAGAAAAAAGAAAAGGGUAAAGAAAAGGAAAAGGAGAUCGAGAAGGAAAAAGAAGAAGAGAAAGAAGACGAUAAAGGUAAUUCAAAGGAGAAGUCGGCUAGUCCAGCAAAAGCCAAAUCAAAGGGUACUCCCAGCCCUCCACCGACGCAUCACCGAUCAUCCCACAAAAAGCAGGAACAACUACAAUCACCUGUCAAACAGCCCUCCCCGUCCUCUUCAUCAUCUGCCUCACCACCACCCCCUCAGAUCAAACAAGAGAAAGAAGCCACGGAAGAGAAAGAGAAGUCACCACCUUUACCAAAAUCCAAGAAAAUGACAAGCCGCCGCUACCGCAAACACUCACCGUCACCAUCCUCAUCUGAGGGGGAGUGGUCACCAGAGAGGAAGAAGAAAGCUGACUCUUCUAAAGACCGGAGGAAGGAACGAGAACGGAGUGAGUCACCAAGGGAUCGGAGACGAAAGCCUAGGGAUGAGUCACCUUCCUUUAGAAGAAGGAGGAGAGAUGAUUCACGCUCACCCUCCCCACCCAGACGAAAAAAAAGAGAGUUUUCCCGUUCGCCUUCUCCUCCCCGGAGACGGCGCCAAGAAAGACUCUCUUCUUCUCCUCGAAGAAGGAGAAAAGCAGAAUAUUCGCGAUCACCAUCUCCUAGAGAAAGGCGACGACGGCCUGAGCCAUCGCCGCCACGAAGUAGAGAACGUAGAAAGGAAAGGAUGUCGUCCCCACCACCACGAAGACGCCCUCGGUCAAGUUCGUCACCUCCUGUUACUCGUCGGUCAGAGUCGCCCCAACCAUCGAGUCGUCGUCGCGCCGACGAAAAAGAUAAAAAAGAACGUCGCCGCUCUCCAGAACCAGAGAAAGGAGCUGUUCGGCGAAGAAAGCGCUCGGAGAGGUCUCGAUCUUCUUCAGGCUCACCAGAACCGCCUCAAAAGCCACAGGCCGAACCUGAUUCAGCAAAGAAGUCAAAAGCACGUCAAGAUAAACGAUCAUCGUCUUCGUCCGCUUCCCCUGAGCCGUCAUCUGCCAAGAAAAAGACUCGUGAGACUCGGGAGUCUCCUGUCAAAUCUCCAAGAGACGCAACUCGAGGAAAAGGAGAGGGGAAGAAACGAUCACGGUCGGACUCGCCUCGUGGGGAUGCUCGGGAUCGGAAUCGGUCGGCUUCUCCUCGGGAGAAUUCGCGUGAUAGGAAACGAGGCGAACGAAGGUCGUCGUCCAUGUCACCUGCUAGGCCCAAAGGUCGGAGAUCCACCCAAGUUGCCUCUGCUUCGCCUGGUCACAAAACGAAGUCUCGUACAAAGCGUUCUGCUUCAGCCUCGCCCCAACCCCCACCCGCGAAGGCUUCAAAAUCACACGCCUUAGGGGGAUCGCCUUCAUCUUCUCCUGAACGGGAAGUUAAACCCAGAUCUCGCGCUGCCAAGCAAUCUUCGCCUGCUUCGCCAGAAACUCGUCAACAAUCCCACGGGACCAAGAGGAAUCCUUCGGCCUCCCCACCUCGUGAACGUGUCAAACGAAAGGCGACAGCCAAGAGGACCUCGAGUGAGGAAAAAUCUCCAGAGCCCUCUGCAAGAAAGGCCCGAAGAAGCCCUUCAGUGCCGGAAGAAGAGGCACCAAAGAAAUCCCCCAGCAAAUCCCCUCCUGCUCCUGCUAAGGAAAGCUCUGCCGAGGAACAAGAGAAACCAGAAGAAAAAGAACCGAAAGGUGAAAAGAAAAAGAAACAUAAGAAGCACAAGAAACAUGGAAGCUCGAAACACAAACAUAAGCGUUCAAAACACAAGAAACACAAAGAAAAGGAAAAGUCACCUGGGCACUCGGAGAGCAUGGACGAAGAUGACACAGAAACUUUGGAGAGGAAGCUAAGAGAGAAGGCUCUUCAGUCCAUGCAGAGACACGCCAAAUCACCAGAGGGAAAGGAAGAAAAUGACGACGAUUGAUUCGCAGAAACUUUACCAAAACGCAUAAAUUCAAAAGUAGAAACCGACUGACAAGCUUAGAGAGAAACAGUGUGCCAUUACCCCAGCGUUUAAUAUAAUGACAUUUCUCCUGAAAUAGCUUAGUUAUCGUACACAGUAUUCGUCGUUGUUCUUUUUUUUUUUAAGAUCACUUCCUCCACCAAAAGAACUUGAUUACAUUCUAUUUUUUUUUUCCCAAACAUGAACACUGUAAGUGGUAGAGUGUGUGCUGGUUUAAGAUAGUCGAUAUGCCUUCAGAGUUUUGUUCUCCUCAUUACUCCAUGUACAAUUAUUAAGCGGAAAAAAUCUUCCCAACUUGCUAAUCGUUUUUGCCCAAAGCAAUAUCCUGUUCAGCUUAAGGGCUGUUACACCCCAUGACUCCAAUGAAAAACCUGCAAGGUUUGUGCUGUGCAUGAAAUUCGAAAGAGUAGAGCCUGGUUUUAGUUUAACAACGCUUGCUAGUUGUGUUAAAACAUUCUACGAAACGUAUAGCUUUUUUAGAUUUCUGUAUCUGAACGUUUUUCUUUUACUAUACCACGUGGAAAGAGACACAAACAAAUGAACAUCAUCUCGAGGUAUUUUAUUUUCCGCAUUUAUUUGAAGUUUUAUCUUUUGAGAGGAGGACAACUGAGGUAACCAUUGUCAACCUGCGAGUCUUUUUAAAAACUUUUGUAAUUUAGUAAGCAGAUCUGUAGUAAAGUUAGUCAUGCAAAAUAUGAUUGAGGAA